AUGGAGUGCUCAAGGGGGGGACUGGUGGUGGAGGGAUGUAUACGUGCUGGGGGAAUGGAUGGAAUGCUCAAUGGAGGAACUGACAGUGGGGAAAUAUCCAAAACUCCUGCUGGAGGGACUAGUAGUGAAGAAGCGCCCGAAGCUCUACCUGGAGGAACAAGGGGAGAUGGAAGUGGAACUCAGGGAGGAGUUGAAAGGGGUGUUGAAGGGGCCAAUGUUGAUGGAGUUGUACUCAGAGAUGUAAUACCACCGAAGAAGAAACCACCAAAUAUACUUUGA